AUGUUUCCCUUCACCCCCUCCCUCCUCCUCGUCUUCCUGCUGGCUGCUCCGGCCCUCCUGACCCCGUCGACCUACAACCAGCUACAGGUCAGAGGUCAAAGGACGCCGAGUGACGCCAAGCAGGACUCCAUUAAGGUGGUGAUCUCCGAGGACUGGGUCACUCAGGGAGAUUCCUCCGAUGGCCUCCAGAGAGAGAAAGAAAUGGAGCUGACCCCCGGCACCCCUCUGGUCCUGACCCAUCGGAUCAGACUGAUCCCGUCGUCGGGUUCCGGAUCCGGUUCCGGGUCUUGCGGAUGUGGGGCGGACUUCGCUGCCCUGCGGGAGCGCCUGGAGAGGCUGGAGAGGGAGGUGUCGACCCUCAGGGAGAAAUGUGGAGGAGCUGAAGGAGGCUGCUGCACCUCCAAGGAGAGCAAAGGCGCCGGUUGCUCCAUCAAACCGGAAGUGGACGACUGUCCCAACGAGUGCAGCGAUCAGGGGCGCUGCGCGGCCGGCCGGUGCGUCUGCUUCCUCGGGUUUCAUGGACCGGACUGCAGCGAGUCCGACUGUCCUGGGAACUGCAACGACAACGGCCGCUGCGUGGACGGGAAGGGGCGCUGUGUGGACGGACAGUGCGUGUGCGAUCCCGGAUCCAUCGGACCGGACUGCUCCAAGACAAGCUGCCCAGGAGACUGCAACAGCAGGGGGCGCUGCGUGGACGGACAGUGCGUGUGCGACCCCGGAUCUACCGGAGACGACUGCGCCGACAAAUCCUGCCCGGGGAACUGCAACAGCAGGGGGCGCUGCGUGGACGGACAGUGUGUGUGCGACGUCGGCUUCACCGGAGACGACUGCGCCGACAAAUCCUGCCCAGGGAACUGCAACAGCAGGGGGCGCUGCGUGGACGGACAGUGCGUGUGCGAUCCCGGAUCCACCGGACCGGACUGCUCCAAGACAAGCUGCCCAGGGAACUGCAACAGCAGGGGGCGCUGCGUGAACGGGAAGUGCGUGUGCGAUCCCGAAUCCACCGGAGACGACUGCGCCGACAAAUCCUGCCCAGGGAACUGCAACAGCAGGGGGCGCUGCGUGAACGGGAAGUGCGUGUGCGAUCCCGGAUCCACCGGAGACGACUGCGCCGACAAAUCCUGCCCAGGGAACUGCAACAGCAGGGGGCGCUGUGUGGACGGACAGUGCGUCUGCGACGGCGGCUUCGCCGGGGCGGACUGCGGCACCAAAGGCUGUCCCGGUAACUGCGGCGGAAAGGGCCGCUGCGUCAAGGGGAGGUGCGUCUGCCGGCGAGCGUUUACCGGACCGGACUGCAGCCAGUGUGAGGAGGCCAUGAGCGGACCCAACUGUGACGUCGAGAUGUUGGGGGUUUCUCAGCUGAGCACCAGAGACCUCACAGAGACCUCCGUCAGUCUGCACUGGACUCCACCUCCCAUCCAGUACGAGACCUACUACAUCACCUUCACUAGCCAGAAGGGGAGUGACCAGCAGAUCAUGGUGCAGGUGGAGGGCAGCCGGACCGCCUUCACCCAGACGGGCCUGGCAGCCGGCCAGGGUUACACCGUCAGCGUCACCGGAGAGACGGGCGGCAGGAAGGGAGCCGAGAGCUCCGCCCAAUUCACGACCCUCACCUCCGGUCCCGCCAAACUCCAAGUCGUCAAGACGACCUCCUCGUCCGCGGUGGUCCAAUGGGAGCAGUCGCAGGGUGAGAUCGACAGGUACCGCUUGACGGUCACGCCCAACGACGGCAGGGGGAGGAGUCAGGAGAUGACGGUCCCCGCCGGGCAGGACUCCGCCCACAUCCAGCAGCUGGAGGCGGGGCGUUUGUACGACGUCGUACUGGUGGCGGAGAAGGGGACGAGUCGGAGCCAACCAGCAACCAAUCAGGUCACUCCAGGGAAGACUUUACCGAAGGUUACCGCGGCAGCUUUGGCGCUAGCGCCUGGACGAGAUGCCGGCGACAGACACCGAGAGGUUAACCCCUCGGCUGAGGUGCACAACCAACAGGGGAGGAGCGAGGAUGGGAGCGAGGGAGUGAAAGUAGGAGGUGCCGAUGACCCUCACAAAGACUCCUCAACCUCUCCGAUUGCAAGAACUAAACCUCUGCUCAGCAAAAAGUUGGGAAUAAAUGGCACCACGCCCAAAGUCACGGAAAGAUCUGCAUUGCACAGGAAGCCAAAUGUCCCGGUUCAUUUCCGUUUAAACACAACCAGAGUCGUGACUGGACAGUUUGGCCCGGGCCCUUUGAAGAGGCGCCCGGCGGGGCAGAAGAAGAAGGCACCAAUAGUGCCCAAAAAGCCUAAACCAGGUGUCAACACUAUCGUAGACGGGACAAUAGCUUUGACGAGGAGAGGCCCGAGCGUGGAGGCAUUGAGCACCAAGAGGAGCGUUGACAAGAAUCCAGCUCUAACGUCUGGGACCGAUUCAGAUUCUGACAGACAAAGUAGCUCCGAGCAACCGACCGUUGCUGUCGGCUCCAAAGAGCAAUCAGAUGUUGGCGAGGCGGACCAGGAGAACGACACUGCUCCAGUGUCCUCGCAGCCAACUGGGACUGUUGGAACCCAAGAGAAGAAAUGCAUGAACAAAGUUAAAGUGACACACGUUAGAUUACCCCAUCGGGGCAAAGGCAGCGGAAACGGCGAGGAAGCAGAUUCUAAAGGGAUUGAGGCCACUGUUGCCAUCCUCGUCCUGGUCAUCGCCUUCAUCAGCCUCACGAUCAUCAUCAUUAGCACAGUCAUCGUCCUCAUCCUCUUUAGCAUCGCCUUCACUUGGUCCAUCUCCAUCUACAGCAGCUCCAUCACCACCAGCAUCGCCUUCACUCGGUCCAUCUCCAUCAGCAGCAGCGUCAUCGUCCUCGCUAACACUGUUAAUGUCAUUACCCUCAUCCUUACCGACACCACGAUCAUCAUCACUACUAUCAUUAUCACCAUCUACUCCAUCAUCAUCCCUUUCCAGCGCAGCGAAAUCAGGUUCACUGGAUCUUCUUCCGGGGUCACGAGGGAACCUCUGGACCACGUGGGAGUGACGAACCGGACCUCGGAUGGAUUUACGCUGCUCUCGCCCGGCUCCUCCUACGAGGUCAGCGUCGUCUCCGUCCUCGGACUGGACGAGAGCGACCCGGUCCGAGGCCUCGUCGUGACGCUCCCCGACCCGCCCACUGACCUCCGGGCAGUGAACGUCACCGACACCGGGGCCUUGUUGUUGUGGCGCCCAGCGUUGGCCGCCGUGGAUAAGUACGCCAUCGUUUAUGGCGCCGGGACAGACUCUGAGUUGAGGGUCAGUGUGUCUGGAAACGCAGCCGAGCAGCAGCUGAGCGGUCUGGAAGGUUCCACCACGUACCACGUGACCAUCAGCAGCCAAUUGGGAGGCUCGGAGGGCUCGGUGGCCUCAACCAGCUUCACCACCACCGGAGGAUCCGACGGCCCACGCGACCUCCAGGCCCACGACGUGACCCCGCGCACCGCCCUGUUGUCAUGGAAACCGCCCUCCAACCGCGCCAGCAGCCUCAGACUGACCUAUGGGAGCGAAGGUCAGCAGGUGAAGGAAGUGAUGCUGGACGCCUCGCUGGCAGAGUACCACCUGACCCGCCUCCGGCCCGGGGCCCGGUACGCGGUGCAGCUCCGGGCCGACGGAGGAGCCCCCGUCGCCACGGACUUCACCACCGGCACCCUGAGGUUCCCCUUCCCCAGCGACUGCUCCCAGGAGCUGCUGAACGGCAUCGGGACGUCCGGCGAGGUGGAGGUGUUCCCUCGGGGGAAACUCGGGACGCCGGUGCUGGUUUCCUGCGACAUGGAGACGGACGGCGGCGGCUGGACGGUCUUCCAGAGAAGGAAAGAUGGCUCGGUGGACUUCUUCAGAGGCUGGAAGGACUACACCAAAGGGUUUGGGAGUCCGAGUGGAGAGUUCUGGCUCGGCCUGGAGAGCCUCUACAACCUGACCUCGAUGACCCGGAUGAGUCUGCGCGUCGAUCUGCGGGACAAAGACGAGGCCGUGUUCGCCAAAUACUCCAAGUUUGAGCUGGUGAAGAGGAACUACAAGCUGAUCGUGGGCGGAUACAGCGGCACUGCAGGUGACUCGCUCAGCUACCACAGCGAGCGCAUCUUCUCCACCAGAGACCGCGACCUGUCCCCCUUCAUCACCCGCUGUGCCAUGUCGUACCGCGGAGGCUGGUGGUACAAGAACUGCCACGAGGCGAACCUCAACGGCGCCUACGGCACGCACUUCAACCACCAGGGGGUGAUCUGGACCGCCUGGAAAGGACAACAGUUCUCUAUCCCGUUCACUGAGAUGAAGAUGAGACCGGCAGCCUUCAGUCCUCCAACCAGAGGAUGAAGAGGAG